AGGAGGUGGUGAGCGUGAUUUCAGAAGUGAUUAGUUUGUAUGAAAGCACGAGCCAAAGGCAUCUACAGCCACUCAUCAGUAUUGAUCCAGACAGUGGGUCUGUGCAGCCGACAGUGUUUUGAUGACAUUCAUCAGCGUUAUUAGAUAAGUUAAUUAGCCGGCUACUUCGGGGAAGCACGUCAUUACACCGGGCCGCAUCAUCUGAGGACAAUGACGAAGGUUGCUCUGCUGCUGAUUGUGUUGCUCGGCGUUGCACAUUUUGCAACCGUCAGCAGAUGCGAGGAGGAUGUUACAGAGGAGAAAGAGGAGACUGGUGAGGAGGACAGUGAUGAUGAUGACGAUGAUGAUGAGGAGGAGGAUGACACAGAGGUGAAGGAAGACAACGGAGUGGUGGUUCUCACCGACAACAACUAUGACACUUUCAUGGAGGGCCAAGACACAGUUCUGGUUGAGUUUUAUGCCCCAUGGUGUGGCCACUGCAAACAGUUUGCUCCAGAGUAUGAAAAAAUCGCUCAGACUCUUAAGGAGAAUGACCCUCCGAUACCUGUGGCCAAAGUGGAUGCAACAGUGGCCAGUGAGUUAGCCAGCAGGUUCGAAGUGUCGGGCUAUCCCACCAUCAAGAUCCUGAAAAACGGGGAGCCUGUGGACUACGACGGAGAAAGGACAGAGAAAGCUAUUGUGGCCCGGGUGAAAGAGGUGGCUCAGCCGGAUUGGAAGCCCCCUCCUGAGGCGACACUGGUGCUGACCAAGGACAACUUUGAUGAGACUGUUAAUGAGGCAGACAUCAUCCUGGUGGAGUUUUACGCUCCAUGGUGCGGACACUGUAAGCGUUUGGCUCCAGAGUACGAGAAGGCAGCCAAGGAGUUAAGCCAGCGCUCCCCUCCCAUUCCUCUGGGCAAAGUGGACGCCACCGUCGAGAGUGAGAUCGCCUCACGUUUUGGAGUAACGGGCUAUCCCACCCUCAAGAUCUUCAGGAAAGGCAAAGUGUUCGACUACAACGGACCGAGAGAGCAGUACGGUAUUGUUGAGCACAUGAGUGAGCAGGCAGGGCCUCCCUCCAAGCAGGUCCAGGCAGGGAAACAGGUGCAGGAGCUCAUCAAGGACGGUGACGAUGCUGUCAUAGUCGGUGUGUUCUCCGGUGAACAGGACGCAGCCUAUGAGAUCUACAUUGAGGCCUGUAAUGCACUGAGGGAAGACUUCACCUUCCGUCACACCUUCAGCUCUGAAGUGUCCAAACUGCUCAAAGCCUCACCUGGUCAGGUUGUCAUUGUUCAGCCUGAAAAGUUCCGCUCCAAGCACGAGCCAGCGUCACGUACACUCACAGUGAAGGACUCUACAUCAGUGUCAGAAGUGCAGGAGUUCUUCAAAAAGCAUGUGACUCCUCUGGUGGGCCACAGAAAACCAAGCAAUGAUGCCAAGCGCUACACCAAAAGACCCCUGGUGGUUGUGUACUAUGGAGUUGACUUUAGCUUCGACUACAGAAAAGCUACGCAGUUCUGGAGGUCCAAGGUGCUCGAGGUGGCCAAGGACUUCCCAGAGUACACGUUUGCCAUCGCUGAUGAGGAGGACUUCGCAGACGAGCUGAAGAGCCUGGGCCUAGGAGAGAGCGGGGAGGAAGUGAACGUGGGAAUUCUGGCAGAUGGAGGCAAAAAGUUUGCCAUGGAGCCAGAGGAGUUGGACUCUGAGGUGCUGAGAGACUUUGUCAUGGCUUUUAAGAAAGGAAAACUCAAACCUAUCAUCAAGUCCCAGCCAGUGCCAAAGAACAACAAGGGACCAGUGAAGGUUGUGGUAGGAAAGACCUUCGACGAGAUCGUCUUGGAUACCCAGAAGGACGUCCUGAUUGAGUUUUAUGCUCCCUGGUGCGGCCACUGUAAGAAAUUGGAGCCUGAUUAUUUGGCUCUGGGCAAGAAAUACAAAGCAGAGAAGAACCUGGUCAUCGCUAAGAUGGACGCCACAGCCAACGACGUGCCAAACGACAGCUACAAAGUGGAAGGCUUCCCCACAAUAUACUUUGCCCCAAGCAACAGCAAGCAAAGCCCCAUCAAAUUGGAAGGUGGAGACAGAACAGUGGAGGGGCUCAGCAAGUUCUUGGAAAAGCACGCGACAAAGCUAUCAGAGAAGAGAGACGAACUUUGAGAUUAUCUCUCUCUGCGUAUAGCUAAGAACUCUUGCCGUGCAGUCUUGGAGGACACUGGGCAGGCCUCUGGGGAGGUGAAGGGAACGCAGUGGAAUUAAAUGGUGUUACUGAGUUGCUGCGAUGAUCACAAUGUUCAUUGAUUGUUUUAGUUUCUGUUCAUUCCAAGAGAUUCCGCUUUCUUCUGUUUCUAAAAGCAUGUAAGCACUGUUGAAGAUUUCAAGUCUUUUUAAAUAAAAGUAAAAAUGAUGGCUGCUCUGCGGGCCAGCACUUCAA